AUGAGCUGUAUAGAUGUGAAGCAAGAGAAUGUACAAAAUAUUGAUAAAAACGUAAAUAAAAUUAAAGAUGAUAUAAAAACCGAUACUAAUAAAAAAGAAGGAAACAACGAAAACGGAACGAGAUUCAACAAAAACAAUGAAAAUACAGGAAAUAAGUGGGGUGGUUUGAGAAAUGAAUCUAAUAAAAUUUUUAGAAAUACAAAUAAGCUAAAUGACAAUAAUAAUAAAAGAGAUAACUUAACAGAUGAAAAUAAUAGGAGAUUGGAUAAAGAUGGUAAUUUAGGAAAUUUCCGAACAAAUUAUUUUAACAACGAAAUAAAUAAUGCGAAUAAUAACACUGAAUUUAACAAAUCUAAUUAUAAUAAAAAUAUGAAUAAUUCAGAAAAUCAAAAAUAUAAUUUUAACAGAAAUUUUAAAAAUAACUACAAUAAAAAUAGAAACAAUUUUAACAUGAAAUACGGGAAUACAAAUACAACAAUCGGAUUAGGAGAUGAAACGAACAAUAAUAAUAGUGAUAACAUAUUGUCCAUGAACAAUCUAAGCAACUAUGCAAAUAGUGAAAUGAAUCCAAAUAAUCCCAAAAUGGGAAAUACCAGCAAUUACAACAAUUUGCCUGAUGGCAAUUUCAAUAACAAUAUGAAUAGCAAAGUUUUUUUUAAAAACAAUAAAUUUAAUAAAUUUGGUUCUCAAAAUAAUACUGAUUCUUCUAAUAAUUUUAAUAAUAUAAAUUUUAAGGAUAACAAACAAAAUAUUAAUUAUAAGAAGCAAUCUAAUAAUAAUCCAAUGAACCGAAAUAUAAGCAUGGAUGAAAACAUGAAUUAUAGUAAUAUGGAAAAUGAAAAUAAUAGUGGAAUGAAUAAUUCACCUAAUUACAAAUCAAAAUACGACAAUAGUAAUAAUAGUAAUGUAAUAAAAAAUGAUAUGUCUUUUAGAGAAGAAAAUACAAAAUACUACGGAAAUAAUCACAAUUCAAAUAAUAAUUUAAGCCCAAGUGUCAAUGCGCACAAUAAUAACACCAGUAGGGAACAUUCACGAAAUCCUUUUUUUAUGAAUAAUAAAAAGAAUAACGUGGUUAAUGAUAAUGCGAAUAAAAAUAAUAGGAUGGAUUUUAUGAACAUUCCAAAUAAUGAAAAUAUGAAUCAACCAAAUAAUAUUUACAUGCAAAAUAACAAUUACAAUGAUGUAAAUAAUUACUCGAAUAUAAAUGUAUCAAAUAAUUAUAUGAAUGAUAAUAAUUUAAAAAAAAAUAUAGAUUCAUCUAAUUUGCCUCACAUGGAUACGAUGAGAGGCAAUAAUAAUGAUGACGGAUAUUUUGUAAAGAGAGAAUUUACAAAUGAAAAUAAUAAUCAAAAUAAUAUAAUAAAAAAUACAACCGGUAAUAUGGAUGCUAGUACAUAUAUUAUGAAUACAUUCGCAGCAUUUAAUAAUAAUUCUACAAAUAAUAGUAAUACUAACAAUAAUAAUAAUGAUAAUGACAAAAAUAUCAUAAAUAAUUCCAGUAACAACAAUUCUAAUGAUAAACAUUCUGAUCACAUGAAUACGUCAAAUAAUAAAAGUAACAACAAUGGAGAUGAAGAAUUUGAUGAAUGGGGAGAAUUAGGAGAAGAUAAAUAUAUAGACAUUAAUUCUAUUAUUAAACAAAAAAAUGUUAUAUUAAACCAACUAGGUGCAAAUUUAAAUGAUAUGACAAAAAAAGGCAAUGAUAAUAAAAAUAAAAAAAAAAUAAAAUCGAAGAAAGAUAACCUAUUUACACCAGAUAAUUUAAACAUACCAGCAGCAUCACUAGCUAGCGAUAAAAAAAAAAAUAAAAAAAAUAAAAACAAAAAUGGAAAAAAUGAUAAUAAUACAAAAGAAAAUAAUAAUAUGAUAGACAAAGAAAAAAAUAAGCAAAAUACCAAUAAUUUAGUUAAUAAAAAAAAAAUAGAAAAAACACUUAACGCAACUAAUAAUUCCACACAACAAAAAAAUGAAGAAAAACAAUUAGAUAAUAUUAAUAAUAUUCAAUCACAUAUCCAAAAAAAUAAUGAAACUGUAGGUGCUAAAGAAAUUGAAAAUACUGAAAAUAAAAACGAAGAGCCAAAGGAAGAAGCUAUCAAGCCUUCUAAAGCUAUAUAUGUAUUUAAAAAAAAAGAAAACAUGCAUCCUCUUGAAUUUAUGAAAAGGCAAAUCAAAAGUUUACUUAAUAAAUUAACUGUGGAAAAUUUCCCCAUUAUAACUGAAAAAAUGUGCCAAAUUAUGGAUUCACGUAUAAAUACUGAUGAAAUACAAACAGUUGUAAAUGAAGUUAUUAAUAAGGCUGUUUUGGAACAUGAUUGGUCAGAAAUGUAUGCCGAUCUUUGCCAGGCACUAAAAUGGAGAUCCCCUAAUUUUGAGAUGAAAAAAAAAUCAUCCUUUGAAAUUGCAUUGCUUAAAAAAAUUCAAGAAGAGUACGAGAAUUUACCUAGUACCUUUGAAUCGACUAUGAAAGAAAAAUUAAAAAAUGAUGAAAACGAAGAAGAAUUAAGUUUUGCCGAGCAAAAGCAAAAAAAAAGAUUAUUUGGAAUAGUAAAAUUAAUAGGAGAAUUAUUCCAAAGACAAAUUGUAUCGAUAUCUAUUGUUAUAAGUAUUACACAUGAUUUAUUAAUAGCAUAUGAUGAACCUAAGGAAUAUUGUAUAGAAGCAUUUCUUCAGCUUAUUUAUUCAACUGGAUUUUUUAUUGAUAAAAUGGAAAAAUAUAAAAAUGUGUUAGAUACAUGGUUUGGUAGAUUAAAGGAAUUACAAAGAAAAAAAAUGUAUUCCAAAAGAAUUAAGUUUGUUAUACAAGAUGUUUUUGAUUUAAGAUUAUCUGAAUGGAGAAAAAAAACACACAAAGAUACAGCAAAAGGCUUAAAUGAAUUAAGAUCACAAUUAGAAACUGAAGAAAUGAUGGGAGGGUCAAUUCAUUUGGCGCAAUUAGGUAAUAUUGUUAUCGUAGGUGAAAGGCACAACAUAAGGAAUAAUGAGUCUUACUCUAAAUAUAUGCAAGAACAAGAGAGAUUAAGUAAGUUAAAUCAAAAAAAAUAA